UGGUGCAAUAUCGCAGACAGAACUGUCAAGCAAGCAACCCGCCUGACGCCUUUAUUUUGCUUUCUUUGCAGUUUCUCAACAAAGACUUAAUCCGGAAUGACGUCGACGAUGUCGAAGAGUCCGCGCCCUCUGAAAAUUACCAUCGUGGGCGAUGGCAUGGUCGGUAAAACCUGCAUGCUGAUAACCUACACGCAAAACGAAUUUCCCGAGGAAUAUAUUCCAACAGUGUUCGAUAACCAUGCCUGCAACAUCUCAGUGGAUGAUCGGGAGUACAACCUAACGCUGUGGGACACGGCUGGGCAGGAGGACUACGAGAGACUUCGGCCGUUAAGCUAUCCAAAUACGAACUGUUUCCUGUUGUGCUAUUCGAUCAGCAGUCGCACCUCUUUCGAGAACAUCAAGAGCAAAUGGUGGCCAGAGAUUCGUCAUUUCUCAAACAACGUGCCGGUGGUGCUGGUGGGCACUAAGCUGGACUUGCGCAUACGGGACUCGGAGAAAUUUGUCACCACACAGGAGGCGAAACGAUUGCGUAAGGAGAUCCAUGCCUCCAACCUGGUCGAGUGCUCCGCCAAGAAGAAACAGAACUUGCAGCAGGUGUUCGAGGAGGCUGUCCGCGCCGUCGAAAAGAAGCCAAGGUCGUCACCCAAGCCAUCCUGUACAUUACUGUGAACUAAGUGUAUGCUUAAUGUUUAAUAUUGUUAUUAUACGUAAUGUAUUGUGUAACUAAUUUGUCUGACUCUUUGUGCUUCGUUUUCCAAACUCUGUGUAGAAAAUGUACCGUUAAGUUCAUAUUAUUUAAGUGCUUGCUGUGUAAAAACAAUCCAUUUUCCGUGCGACCAAAGUGCAUUUCUGUGUAAGAAAAACAAAAUCAAAAUCAAAACAAAAACAAUAUAAAAUCAAAAA